AGGGUCCGGGGAAGGCUGCGGGACGGGGGAUGCUGGCGCGGGGGGACCCCGCGGGGGGAGGUGCGCGUCGUGGGGCCCGCGUCCCUGGCCCCGGCCCGCCGCGCGCGAGCUCCGGGACGGCUCUGUCCCCGGGGCUGGCUCCCGACUGGCCAGGCCCUGACUCAGUACUCCUUGCAUUUUCGAGAAACCAGACUGAGUGCCUUCUGGAAGGGCGCUGCAGGCAAUUACCGCUGGAUCCCUCUCCCAUGCACCCGCCCCUAAGCUUCUGCAGUUUCCCUUCGAGUCCUCCAGAGCCCCUCUUUCCAUAGUCCUUCCCCCUUCUCUGUGGACACUGCCUUUCCUCCGUGGGGUUACUGAACCCCAUGUUGUCCCGGGCCACUCGACGGCUUCCGUACCCACAAGCGCCUCUCCGGAGAGGUGCCGAGAUGCCCAGCGCCCCAUUCCAGUGAGCUCUGCUGGGCCCCGCCCAGUUCAGCAGUUAGGGACUUGGGCAGGUUUGACAGGAGGGUGUGUUUUACACACGCAAUGCCCCCACACUCCUAGCAGCUAGGCAAGACGGAGAGUGUGAUUUGCGGUUUCCUGGCAGAUGGAAAUUCUGACUGAGGAAUAAGACCUUAUUGGUCCAAUGUCUGACCAUGGAGAUGUGAGCCUCCCACCCCAAGACCGGGUGAGGAUUCUGUCCCAACUCGGGAGUGCUGUUGAAUUAAAUGAAGACAUUCCACCCCGCCGAUACUUUCGCUCUGGCGUUGAGAUCAUCCGCAUGGCAUCCAUUUACUCUGAAGAAGGCAACAUUGAACAUGCCUUUAUCCUCUACAACAAAUACAUCACGCUGUUCAUUGAAAAACUUCCAAAACACCGAGACUACAACAAAUCAGUUAUCGUUACUGAGAAGAAAGACGCGGUCAAGAAAUUAAAGAACAUUGCUUUCCCUAAAGCGGAAGAACUGAAGGCUGAACUCUUGAAAAGAUACACAAAAGAAUAUGAGCAGUAUAAAGAACAAAAGAAAAAGGAAGAAGAGGAACUUGCCCGAAAUACCGCCAUCCAGCAAGAGUUGGAAAAAGAAAGACAGAGGGUUGCCCAACAGAAGCAGAAGCAGCUAGAGCAGGAACAAUUUCAUGCCUUUGAGGAGAUGAUCCAGAAGCAGGAACUGGAAAAAGAGCGGCUAAAAAUUGUUCAAGAGUUCGGAAAGGUAGACCCUGGCCCAUGCGGGCCUCUGCUACCUGAUCUGGAAAAGCCUUGUGUAGAUGUGGUCCCCAUUUCACCUUUCUCACCCACCCAAACUUCAGACUGUAGCACAACCGUGAGACCAGCUAAGCCACCUGUGGUGGACAGGUCCCUGAAACCUGGAGCACUGAGCAUCAUAGAAAAUGUUCCCACCAUUGAAGGCCUGCGCCACAUCGUGGUGCCCCGCAAUCUGUGCCCAGAAUUUCUCCAGCUUGCCAGUGCCAAUACCGCCAAAGGCAUUGAAACUUGUGGAGUCCUCUGUGGAAAAUUGAUGAGAAAUGAAUUCACAAUCACGCAUGUUCUCAUCCCCAGACAAAAUGGUGGGCCUGAUUAUUGUCACACAGAGAAUGAAGAAGAAAUUUUCUUUAUGCAGGAUGAUCUUGGACUCCUCACCCUUGGCUGGAUCCAUACUCACCCAACCCAAACGGCCUUUCUGUCCAGCGUGGAUCUACACACCCACUGCUCUUAUCAAAUGAUGUUACCGGAAUCCAUAGCCAUUGUCUGCUCCCCCAAGUUCCAGGAAACUGGAUUCUUUAAGUUGACCGACUAUGGCCUUCAAGAGAUUUCAACCUGUCGGCAGAAAGGCUUUCAUCCCCACGGCAGAGACCCACCUCUGUUCUGUGACUGCAGCCAUGUCACUGUCAAGGACAGAAUUGUGACCAUCACAGACCUUCGAUAAAUUUCAAUCAUGAUUCAGGAAGAUGGCUGAAGGCACUUGCCACCGAGCCCAGCAGCCCUCGUUCAAUUCCUGAUGCCCACAUGCUAGAAGGAGACACCAACUUCCCCCAGGUCGUCCUCUGACCUCCGCUGUGCACUGUGGUAUGUGUGCACCCACACAUAUACACACGCACACACCCACACAUCAACCAAUUAACGUAAAUUACAAAAAGCCUCCCCUCCCCCCAGACUGCUCCAUUUACUCACCCCCAGUGGAGUUAAGCUUUUAAGACACAAUAAGAAAGGUCAACCCAAGGGGAGACUGUUGGUUUUUUUAAUUUAUUAUUUGAAAAUAAGUCAUUUUUAAAUGAUAAAUCUUAAAAUGAGCAAAUCACUCCAAGCAACUAACUCAAAAAUUAGGGUGCAAGAGAAGACACCUCUCUGCCUGCCUCAUCCAACCACUGGCCUUUUGUCCCUCUUGCAGUUUAUCUGCCAACUUGUUCAUAUCUACCUUUGGGCUAAAUAAGGGCAUCUAUGCAAAACUGUGAAAGCCGUUUUGAAAGAUUUGGCUUUUUCUUGUUUGUGGUACUACUAAGGGGGGUUGUCACUCUGGCAGGAGGAGAGGAGGAGCUCACAGCCCCCACAAAUCGACACUGAUCUUGUUUAAAAGUCUGUUAUUUCCAAGGAUGUUGCUCUGUAAUAAAACAGCUCGCUUGUGCUGUG